AUGCCAUCUGCGGAAAAGAAACCGAAGACCUUGUAUGACAAGGUUUUCCAAGACCAUGUAGUCAACGAGCAGGAAGAUGGCACGAUUCUGCUAUAUAUCGACAGACAUCUCGUACACGAAGUGACAUCACCCCAAGCAUUUGAGGGUUUGAAAAAUGCCGGGCGUCCAGUUCGGAGGCCGGAUUGCACCUUAGCUACCGUGGAUCAUAAUAUUCCUACAACAUCGCGAAAGUUAUUUAAAAACGUCUCCGAAUUCGUUCAAGAAGCGGACUCCCGUUUACAAUGUUUGACCCUCGAAGAAAAUGUAAAAGACUUUGGCCUUACAUACUUUGGGCUUGGGGAUAAGAGACAAGGAAUCGUGCAUAUUAUUGGCCCUGAACAAGGAUUCACUCUCCCCGGUACAACGGUAGUGUGCGGAGACAGCCAUACCUCGACGCACGGAGCGUUCGGAUCUCUGGCAUUCGGUAUCGGUACUAGCGAAGUUGAGCACGUUUUGGCCACUCAGACAUUGAUUACGAAGCGAAGUAAGAACAUGCGCGUACAAGUUGAAGGCGAACUUCCACCAGGAGUCACCAGCAAGGAUGUCGUUUUACACGUCAUUGGUGUUAUUGGCACCGCCGGUGGCAAUGGCUGUGUUAUCGAAUUCUGCGGCUCUGCAAUCCGAAAGCUCAGUAUGGAGGCGAGAAUGUCCAUAUGCAACAUGUCAAUUGAAGGUGGAGCUAGAGCCGGUAUGAUCGCACCCGAUGAGAUCACUUUCGAAUACCUUCGAGGAAGGCCUCUUGCUCCUAAAUAUGAUAGCCCGGAAUGGAAAAAGGCUGUGAAAUAUUGGUCGAGUUUGAAAUCGGACGAAGGGGCUGUUUACGAUAAAGAUGUUUUUAUCAACGCGAGGGACAUUAUUCCUACAAUCUCCUGGGGUACAUCUCCUCAAGAUGUCAUCCCAAUUACAGGAGUUGUUCCCGGACCGGACAAUUUUGACGACGAGGUCAAGAAAGCUAGUGCUCGGAGAGCUCUUGAAUACAUGGGACUCACUGCUGGGACUCGCAUGCAGGACAUUCCAAUUGACAAAGUAUUUAUUGGCUCUUGCACAAACUCUCGUCUUGAAGAUCUCCGCGCUGCCGCAAGCAUCGUUCACGGCAAAAAGAUUGCCGCAAAUAUCAAAAGAGCGAUGAUUGUCCCUGGAUCUGGUUUGGUGAAAGAGCAAGCGGAGCAGGAAGGCUUGGACAGAGUGUUCCUUGAUGCCGGGUUUGAGUGGAGAGAGGCUGGAUGCUCGAUGUGUCUUGGAAUGAACCCUGAUAUUCUUUCUCCACGAGAACGAUGCGCCAGCACGUCGAAUAGAAACUUUGAAGGUAGACAAGGAGCGGGGGGUAGGACACAUCUGAUGUCGCCAGCAAUGGCUGCUGCCGCUGCUAUCGUUGGAAAACUUGCGGAUGUUAGGAAUUUCACCAGUGCAACUCCAGUCUCCAAAUGCCCGUCUCCGAAAGUUGAUAUUGAGCCAGAGACUGAAGAUAUCGAAACUGAGGAUGAGCUAGAUCGUAUCCUCGAUUGCCCUGAAGACAAUGAGCCACAUGCUAAUACUUCUGUCUCCAAAUCUUCUGCCGGUCUUCCAAAAUUCACGACUUUGAAAGGCAUUGCAGCUCACCUUGACCGUGCAAAUGUCGAUACAGACGCUAUUAUCCCAAAACAAUUCCUCAAGACAAUCAAACGCACGGGACUUGGCAGCGCGCUGUUCCAUGCCUUUCGAUAUAAUGAAGACGGCAGUGAAAAUGCAGAUUUCAUUCUUAAUAGAGAACCAUAUCGCCAUAGUAAGAUUCUCGUGAGCGGAGAGAAUUUUGGCUGCGGCAGUUCUCGUGAACAUGCUCCAUGGGCCCUUCUUGACUUUGGUAUCAAGUGUGUUAUCGCGCCAUCUUACGCUGAUAUUUUUUUCAACAAUACAUUCAAAAACGGUAUGCUUCCUAUCAUCAUUUCCGACACGGCGAUCCUUAAGCGGAUAGCAGUGGAGGCAGAAAACGGCAAUGAGAUUGAAGUCGAUCUUGUUAACCAGAGGAUUAACGAUGCUGCGGGGAAUAUGCUCGCGGAUUUCGAUGUUGAGGAAUUCAGGAAACACUGCCUUGUGAAUGGGCUGGAUGACAUUGGCCUCACCAUGCAGAUGGAAGACAAAAUCAAGACAUUCGAGACUCAUCGCACACUGGAAACACCGUGGCUUGAUGGCAGUGGGUAUUUGAAACGCAACAACGGGAAACGGGCUGGCGCAGUGAUGGUUGAAGCGGCUCCUGUUCCCAAGACGAACCGGGGCGAGAUCAAGGGUGAGCCUAUGGAAUGGUAA